AUGAAUUAAUUGCCUAUGAGUUGAAGAGGCGAGAAGCAGAAGCUACAAGGAGACCUCUACCAGAGCUUGUUCGUGCCAAGAUCCCAUUUAGUGCGUGUCUGCAGGCCUUUUCUGAACCAAGCAAUGUAGAGGAUUUCUGGAGCAGUGCUCUUCAAGCAAAGUCUGCAGGAGUGAAGACUUCUCGGUUUGCUUCGUUUCCUGAGUACUUAGUGGUGCAGAUAAAGAAAUUCACCUUUGGCCUUGACUGGAUACCCAAAAAGCUUGAUGUUUCUAUAGACAUGCCAGAUUUCCUAGAUAUCAGCCACCUUCGGGCCAGGGGUCUCCAGACAGGAGAAGAGGAACUUCCUGACAUUGCUCCUCCCAUUAUCAUUCCUGAUGACCCAAAAGGUCGGAUGAUGAACAAUGUCAUGGAGUCUCUAGAUAUUGACGAGUGUUCAGUUAUGCAACUGGCAGAGAUGGGUUUUCCUUUGGAAGCAUGUCGGAAAGCUGUGUACUAUACAGGCAACCUGGGUGCUGAAGUUGCUUUCAACUGGAUCAUUGCACACAUGGAGGAAUCAGACUUUGCUGAGCCAUUGGUCAUACCUGCAUAUGGAGAAGUAGCUUCCAAUGGAGCAGCUGCAUUUGGGGCUGUUGGGCUAGAUAACCAACCUCCUGAAGAGAUGAUUGCAAUUAUAAUUUCAAUGGGCUUCCAAAGGAAUCUAGCAAUCCAAGCACUGAAGGCAACAAACAAUAAUUUGGAGCGUGGACUGGAAUGGAUCUUCAGCCACCCUGAACACGAGGAAGAAAGUGAGCCUGCUUUGGACAUGAUGGAUAUGGACAACAAUGCUAAUGCCAAUAUUGCAGAGACGGGGUCAGAGGGACCCAGGAUCAAAGAUGGGUCUGGAAAAUACGAGCUGUUUGGGUUCAUCAGCCACAUGGGAACAUCCACAAUGAGUGGCCACUAUGUUUGUCAUCUCAAAAAAGAAGGAAGAUGGGUGAUCUACAAUGACCUUAGAGUCUGUGCCUCAGAACGACCUCCCAAAGACCUGGGAUACAUUUAUUUUUACCACAGGAUACCAAUUUAGGCCUGAAAUCUCUUACUUGGCCUUAAAAAGCCAUAAGCCUUUUUAACCUGCCCAAA